ACAUGGAGCAGAGGUGGGUCUUCGUGCUGCUGGACGUGCUGUGCGUGUUGGUCGCCUCUCUGCCCUUCGCCAUCCUGACUCUGGUGAACACCCCAUACAAGCGAGGAUUCUACUGUGGAGAUGACUCCAUCCGGUACCCCUACCGUCCAGACACUAUCACCCACGGGCUCAUGGCUGGGGUGACUAUCACAGGCACUGUCCUCCUUGUGUCAGCAGGUGAAGCCUACCUGGUCUACACAGACCGCCUCUACUCCCGCUCUGACUUCAACAACUAUGUGGCUGCUGUCUACAAGGUGCUGGGGACCUUCAUCUUCGGGGCAGCUGUGAGCCAGUCAUUGACGGACCUGGCUAAGUACAUGAUUGGCCAUCUGCGUCCAAACUUCCUGGCUGUCUGUGACCCGGACUGGAGUCGGGUCAAUUGCUCUGUCUAUGUGCAGCUGGACAAAGUGUGUAGAGGGAGUACGGCCAAUGUCACUGAGGCCAGGCUGUUGUUCUAUUCAGGACACUCCUCCUUCGGGAUGUACUGCAUGAUGUUCUUGGUGGUGAGUUUUUCUGCUGACUUGCUUGCUGUGGAGCCCCAGCCAGGUCACGCCCCUUCCCUGAGUCUCAAUCUCCCUGGCUGUGCAGUCCGCUAUGUCUCAGACUUCUUCAAAUCCCGGCCUCCCCAGCCCUGCCAGGGUGAUAAGGAGCUGGAGCGCAAGCCCAGCCUGUCAUUGACACUGACACUUGGUGAGGCCGAGGCAAACCACUACGGGUAUCCAGCCUCCUCCUCUUGA